AUGAAGCCCAACUCGUACCCAGAACCCCCACCGUUCCAAUGGGACCCAUAUCCUGUGCGCGUUCCACUCCCGGUCUAUCCCCCUACAGAGCCUCUACCGCAUCCACUGCCUUCUUUGCCUUCACCACCUCGCCAACCAAAUUUCUCCGCUCCCUACACGUUAACUACCCAUCUUUUUCCGGCAUGCUAUCUGCGCAGUACGCGCCCUGCACCAGUUCCAACGCCUCCAUCACCCAGCCUGUCGAAGGAUGAGAGGAAACAGUUUCUGAAGGAGACCAGGAAAGAGUUGGAUCGGCUUAGAACUUUCAAAGAAACGGACGGCUAUCCCAGAGUCCUGUGGAACUGUGUCAAUCGAUACGUUAAAAAUGGGUUGAAUGAAAAGCAGGCAAAUGCAGGGGUUACACUUUUCUUCGCUCAUGCCAAUGGGUUCCCGAAAGAGAUAUUCGAGCCCACGUUGGCUCAUCUCCUUUCUUCUCCAGCUGCGGCUGUGAUUGACGAGGUAUGGGUAUGGGAGUCUAUCCAGCACGGCGACGCAGCACUCAUUAACGCUCCCUCUGCUUCUGGUUUAUUCGACUGGCAAGACAACGGACGUGACAUUUCCAACUUUCUGCUGUAUUUCAUGCCUUCUUCUUCUACCGCGUCGACCCUGCCCACACAUCUCCCACGCGUCUCGACUGAGUGCACUGCGACACGCGCACGGUCCGGGUUCGCGUCGCGUAAUCUUAUCGCAAUUGGCCACUCAUAUGGCGGGUGCACCUCUGCAUUGGCGGCCAUACUUUAUCCAAGUCUCUUCAAGGCACUGUAUCUCAUCGACCCAGUAAUUCUCAGCCCGACACCUCCUCCCCCUCUUCCUGCGGGCACGACUCCUUCAGGAGACCUGGCGCUCGGUGCUUUGAGUCGAAGAGACGGUUGGGAAAGUCGGGAAGAAGCCCUCGCGUCCUUUUCGCAGAACCCAUUCUUCAAGGCAUGGGAUCCCGAAGUACUCAAGAUAUACAUCGAGUGCGGGACACAUUUUGUUGAGCAGGAGUCUGGAAAACGUACACUCAGGCUCAAGAUGCCGGGUGUGCAAGAGGCGGUCGUGUUCGUGGAGGUGCAUACGGAGAAAGAGGUGUUUCAUUUGCUUGGGAGUGGUGGGUUCGAGGGGCUGUCGUCGUCAGAGAAAGAGGCACCAGACAGUAGCCAGAAGAAAAAGAAAACGAUAGACGACAUCCCGAUUCGGUGGUGCGUGCCUGGUAAACCCGGGGCGCGGGAGCUGCGCGAUGAGGUUGGGGGUACGCAGCAGCGUGUGUGGCUGCGGUCGAUGCGCUCGCACUGGACGGGCAGAGGGCGGGGUGUACGGGAUACGAAUGUGAGGAUUUUGGGUGGGGGGCAUUUGAUCCCGCAGGAAGCGCCAAAGGAACUUGCGGAUGAUUUGGGAGAGUACAUCCUUGAACUCAGCUCUUCUGAAUAUCCUUCGUCUAUCUCUCCUUCGGAUACGCCACGGACACGUCAGUUCAAUGUCAAGGCGAGUCUUUAG